CUUCAACUGCGCCUGCCCCUCCCUCAUCAGCACCUGCCUGCUAUCAUCCACAUCUCUGAAUCCCUACAGCUGCCUAAUAGAAUGCUGAACGGCGAUUUUUAUGCGUGCGACUAACAACAUAUUCACCGCAAUAUUUGGGCUACAUCCUCAAAGCCCGUCCAACCAGAUGGCGGCUGUAGAUUUCAGCCGCUACAAGCGCAUUGUACAAUAUCUUUGGGAUCCAGAACCAACCAACCUCGACAGCUCAGAUCUUCCACUGUGGUGUCUAGGAGAUCAAUAUACGGCCAGUUCUAUGUCGAAGCACGCCUCUGCUCCUGGUGAUACGGACUUACCUUCACAUGAUAGCUCUCACGAAACACCACAAAAACGAACUGAUGUCGAGAAAUCAAUACAAGAGGUUAAGCCUCCAGAAAGCGUUGGUGAAGGUAUAGACUCUGGUUUUUCUCAAGAGGGAACCGCAUCAGAUGUUGAAGAUGGAGGUUGGCCAGUUGCAUUCCUUGACGACUUCGAAUCUAAAUUACGAUUUUCCUACCGAACUGGCUUUCCCGUUAUUCCAAGGUCAGAGGAUCCGAAAGCUUCCUCUGCGAUGAGCUUCUCAGUCCGGCUACGGAGCCAACUGAGCGAUCAGGGUGGGUUUUCUUCAGAUACUGGCUGGGGUUGUAUGAUCAGGUCGGGGCAGAGUCUUCUGGCUAAUUCCAUGGUGAUACUGCGACUCUCUCGAGGCUGGCGUCGUGGUGUGGGCAGAGACGAAGAACGAGAGAUAGUGUCACUCUUCGCAGAUGACCCUAGGGCGCCGUAUUCCAUCCACAAGUUUGUCGAACAUGGCGCGGAAGCUUGUGGUAAAUAUCCCGGGCAGUGGUUCGGACCAUCGGCCACAGCACGAUGUAUACAGGAACUGGCAAAACGCCACGAAUCAGCAGAUGUGAGAGUCUAUAUCACUGGCGAUGGGUCGGACGUUUACAAGGAUGGUUUCAUGAGUGUUGCCAAACCUGAUGGUGUGAACUUCAAACCUACCCUUAUACUUGUGGGAACACGUCUAGGUAUAGAUAAAGUUACUCCGGUUUACUGGGAGGCGUUAAAAGCAUCACUGCAGAUGCCACAAUCAGUGGGGAUUGCAGGUGGCCGCCCAUCUUCCUCUCAUUAUUUUGUUGGGGUUCAAGGUUCACAUUUCUUCUACCUUGAUCCGCAUCAGACGAUGGCUGCCCUUCCUUUCCAUACAGAUGUUGAUGAAUAUACCCCUGCAGAAAUUGACUCCUGCCAUACCCGACGGUUGCGAAGGUUGGACAUCAAAGAGAUGGACCCGAGCAUGCUUAUUGGCUUUCUUAUCCGAGAUGAAAAGGAUUGGGAGGCAUGGUCCGAUGAGAUUAGGAGAUUUCCUGGCAAGGGUAUCGUGCAUAUCGCCGCCAACGAUCCGGCUCAACAGAGCCUGAGUCACGAGCGCGACAGCGCCAUUGACGAUGUCGAGUCAUUCGACGAGGAUGACAGUGAAGAUUACGGCGAAGAGCCUCCCCAUUCUUGAUUAUCUAGGGAGCCGUUCGACCUGAAACCUCGAAUUAACCGUCACCCACGCCCAUAUGCGAUAUAAAUUUGGGCAUAUGCCGAUUGCCGAGAUCAGGGACUCUUUGAGGAGUGGCGGUGCUAUCUGUGUGGUUUGGGGUACCUGGCAUAUGAUGACCUCAGGGCCUCAGGCCAUACCUAUAAAGUUGCAUACUAUUCUGCAAUGCAACUUAUGGUUUUCAGUGGGAUGUCUUGCCGCGGCCACCAGUCUUCGGCUUUGGAACAAGCAGGCCAUGCUUCUCUGCCUUGAUGUGAUCGAAGAGCUUGUUUUUAGAACCGAAGGAGCUAUUACAGGUAGCGCAUGUAUUCUUGUGAUACUGUGAGCAUUGGCGGUGGUUGAAUGGAGUUAAUUCUUACAUUUUGGGUAUCAUCCUCCGCCUGCUGACGGGCGGCCUUUUUUGCACGUUUCGCCUUUGCUUUCCCGAGCUUCUUAUUUUCUUCUGUGGGGGGUUCGUCUGUACCUCCGUCGCUUGAAAUUAAGAUGUUAUCGAGUGCCCGUGUCACAUUGCCAACUACACUUGGUUUUAUAGAACCAUCUGUUGUCGGCGUUUCCUGGAGUAGAAUCCCAGAUAUCCUAUCCUCCACCUGCUCCCUGGGUGCAUAAUCGUCGUCAUCCGUGCCAUCUUCUGGUAUUGCCAGCGUAGUAGAUUCUUCUAUAGGACCGCGGUCCGCUUCAUUCUCUUUCGGAGGCGGGUCAAAGCCAGUAAUGUCAUCGUUCUUAACACCAAUCUCGGGAUCAGCCUUGUCAAUUCCAACAACAGGUAUAAUGUCGUCAUCGGCAGCAUCCUGUAAUGAGUGAAAUGAGGCCUCGGAAUCAGAAUUCUCUGGCUUAGAUUGAAGCGCAGCAUCAACUGGGGUAUCUAAAUGGAAGAGUUUAUUCUCCUUUCGCAUCUGCCGCGUUAAUUCUCGAACGGCCUUGAUAUGCUUUUUGCUUUUUUCAUGGACUUCAUACUGUUUCUCGCUCUUAAAAAUCUUGUUGCACGUAACACAUUCUACUACUUCCUCUUCUGAUACCUCGGAGUCUGAGAAGGUCCCCUCCUCUUCAGCGUAGCGAGUUUGUGCCCAUGCAGGUUGAACGUG